AUGAAUUAUGGAAAUGGAGGAAAAGGACAUGACAUCAAUUUUUUGUUCAAGAGAAUGGACUUCGAUGUACCAUUGAAUGACAUCAGUAAUGAAAAUGCUACUCCAGUUAAAGUCACAGACUCAGAGUUACAGAAAGGUCAACCAAGCAACUUAGACCAGAACUAUUUCAAUAAAAGAAGAUGUGUAACUCACCAUGAUCAGGCUCUGGGAAAUCAAGGAAGGCAAUUCCCAAACCAGAAUUUUAUCUCUGGAAAACCUUUACCCUCAACGGAAAACAAAUGUGAUAGAGGGUCAUCCAAUGUUUCUCCAAACAACAACUUUAUCCGAGGGAAGCUGAGUAACAGUAUGCAGGGUUCAUGUUUGAACAUCCCUAUACAGCCAUCCAAAGUCCUGGUCCCUUUCGUUCAGGAGGUAGCCCUGCCAAGAGAUUCGCUCAUCACCAGUCCAAAAGGCUACACGUCGGGAUGUGAUGAUGAUUUAAGAAGUGGUCAUACUUUUCACAGCAGCAAGAGGAAAAGGAAGUUUCCAGGACCAGCAGGUCUCCUUCCGCAACUUGGUCAACGCCUGAACAGUCCUGAUAUAUCCAAAAGGAAAGAAGAUACAGUCAGCCCAGUACAGGUGAUUGAGAAAACUGACUUGAUCCUGUCUUCUCAGUCUGGGGAGGAGUUGUUUAAUGACCGACCUUGGCAGACGCUAAUGAGUGACAUAAAGGAGAUUGGACAGGACACACUGCAGCAGUUUUCUCUUGCCUCCAGCCUACAAAAGGCUAAGAAAAAGCAGCUGAUGAGGGGGAAAGUUCCGUUUGUUAUGGCUGUGAUAGAAACUCUUGAAUGGCCUGCUGGGAAGGAUGCCUGUGUCACUCUCAAGGACAAGUCCGGUUCUAUCCAGGGCACCAUUCAUGAGAGCCUGAUGAAGGAGCAUGGAUGUGACUUCCAAACAGGCAGUGUGCUAGUCCUGAGACAGGUGAGUGUCAUCAGCCCCACAUCACGGAACCACUACCUGAACAUCACGCCUGCCAAUAUAGUGUGUGUGUACUGUAUUAAGUCCAAGAGUCUUACGAGGCUUCGCUUCCUUGAUAAGGAUAGAGCACUACCCACAAUCUUUAAGGACAUGGAGAGGGAAAUGAUGGUUAACUUUACACCACAGAAAUCUGCAACCAACAUUUGUCAGUCGAUGUUCCACAUGGGGACACCAGAUGUUAGGACUCCCCAGUCAGGAUUAAACAUGAGGACAACAAAUAUCAGGAACCAACAGUCAAGGUUUGCAUCAAAUACACCCACUCCGAGAUUUUCAACACCUGAUCAAAGAUCUGUGAAGAAUGAUUCUGCUUUUGUUCCUGUGAUCCACAAGCCAAAGGAUUGGACUAUCUCCUUUCACAGUGGUACCAUUUCACCGGUAGCUACCCAAGGAGGUAAAGCACCUGUUAGUAAGAUUCCCCAAGGAGGGAUGGUGUCGACGAUCAGUACUGCACCAGGAUGUCCUGUAGAUAGGACUACCAAGAACACACCUGGAUUUCUAAGCAUGUCAAAAGAUCCUGCCACACCAGGUGUAACUAAUUCUGACAGACUAAAACCUGGGCUAAAUACUGGCAAAUCUCAAAAUCCAUCCAAGGAUAAUCAGUCAGGUUUUCAAAAACCAGAAACUGCAUCCUCUGCAUUAUUAAGUCAUAAUACACCAAGAUUUACCAAUAAGCCAAUCACUUCUUCACAUGUUAUGUGUGCAUCACCUACAAAUAUACAUGUUGCUGGUAAAGGUCAGUGCCAUGUGACCAGUUGUCCAAGUGUUGUGUCCAGUUUUGAUUCAGAUAGUAGCAAUCAGCAAUACAAUCACCGAUAUACUACUGGUAAUGUCAGUACAACAGGUUUAGAUCUGUCCACUUCAACACUAUCAUCUACAAAUACACCUUACAGAAAACGGUUCAAGUUCAAGUCGCUUACCUCUCCUGAUAAUUCCCUGGGUUUAUCAUUAGGAAACAAGUUUGACAAUGUUCCACCUGUUUGCAGUGCUAUCAUAACAUCCCAGAUGAAAGCAAAUGUGGGAGUCGAAAAUCUAUGGCAAGAUGACCUGAGUGAUGAUAUUUUAUCCCAGCUUUCUGAGGAACUUAUGUAAAAGUUUAGUACCUGGAGAAUUCUAAUGACAAUCUUGUAUGGGAGUCUGGUGUCAAGGAAUCUAUGCUAAGGAACCUCUGGUGUCAAGAGGAUCAUUCGAGUGAAACUUGAGGGAAACAUACCUGUGAAAGACUGAAAGUCUGUCAUGCUUAAGGAUUUCCUGUAAUUAUUGUGUAAAAUUUUUUGAGUAUCGCAUGAGAGGAAAACGUGCAAGAGAAACUUGAAUAAUGGUCUUACUGUGAGGAGAAACAACAGUGUUCCUAUCUUGUAUGUAGUGGGUGUAUAAUGAUACAAAGACAAAAAAUCCAUUUUAACAUGAAAUAGAAUGGACCUUUGAUAAUGCAUUAAGGCACAUUCCUUCAUCCAGAUUAAUAGCUUUCUUCUGGAGUUUUCUCCCUUGAUUAUAUAGCGGUAUUUUUUUAAUGUGAUAUGUAUUGCUUACAAUGUUUCACCACAUAUAUUUGACUUAAUCUGGCUGCUAAUUUCCUGAGGAAUAAGAUGAUUUGUUAUUAUCCAGAAUUGUUAUAACUAAGUGAGUCGGUUACAGCAACAUGAA